AUGAAAUUUCAGUUUGAGUUAUUCUUUUCAAUAAGUGUUGUACAAUUCGUAUUUCUCGCAUUCAAAUUAGAUGCGACACUCGACUGGCAUUGGUCAAUCGUAUUCAUACCACUAUGGGUGGUGUUAUCACUCUGCGUUGUUGGGGUGUUGUAUGCGUUGGUAUUGGCCGUAGUGUUGGCUCGUUCAGUGCAUAUGUUAGCAUCACAACGAAGACACCAUUUGUAUUCAGCGCUGUGCCAUACUUUACUCGUUAUUCCAAUAUUAAUUUUCCUUUUACUUCUUACCGGAAAACUGGAUGCGAUAACGUGGUCCGAAGACGAUGCUGCCAUAACUGCAGACAUACCAUAUAUAGUGGUUUGUACACCGUUAAUAAUCUCGUUGAUUUGCCUGGUGCUGAUGUCGUUCGGUGCGCGAGGUGGUAACCAAUGGUGGUUUGGUAUGCGUGCACCAUUCUGUUCGUUUCUUCUCGAAACGUGUCCUUGUCUGAAGCAGUACGCAAAUCUCAGCUACAAGUUCGGUGCUUCAUCACCCAGAAACAGUGUGGCUGGAUCAACGGAUGCCGAACGUCAAAGUCUCAGAUCGGAUCCCUCUUCGAGAAUCCCGUUGAGACCCGUUGUACCGAUUCGGUCGAUUGAAAAGGUAAAUAAUGCGAUGAAGACAUGUUAUGACGUUCUGGGAUGUGCCUCAAACGCAACUGAUACUGAAUUAAAGAAGGCUUAUUUCAAAGCAUUGCGAGACAAUCAUCCAGAUAAGGCUGGUGGCAGCGAUAACUCGAAUAGCAACGCGAUUACACUUAUCACAAACGCUUGGCAAACACUGAAAGAUAAUUCAUCCCGACGAAAUUACGAUAUUUGGCUCAGAGAGCAACAGUUGAGAGCCAAGAAAGGAGCAAUUGGCGAGAAUAUUUACAUUGACGACACAACGAAUUGUGUCGAGGAAUACUGCAAGUUAGCUGUUUUGAGUAUGCGUAUGCAAUCGAAGGGUUGA